GCUGCUACUUUCAGCUGAGGUGCAGCUUUUUGUUUCCCUUCAAAAGGAUUUUACAGAUAACUUUUGUGUGUGUUUAAUAUUACCAGCUGUACCUUAUGAAAAUUAUCAAUAUACUCUUUAUCAAAGGCCAAAGUAAAUCAUGGGUCUCUGCAAAUGUCCAAAGCGACGAGUUACAAAUCAGUUUUGUUUCGAACAUAGAGUAAAUGUUUGUGAAUAUUGUAUGGUCACGAAUCACCCUAAGUGUAUAAUUCAAUCAUACCUGCAAUGGCUACAGGACAGUGACUACAAUCCUAUCUGUGAAAUUUGCACAAAUAGCUUAAGUGAGGGAGAGUGUAUCCGACUCACUUGUUACCAUGUAUUCCACUGGGCUUGCACCGAGGCCCGAUACCGGGCACUCCCUCGAACCACGGCCCCAGCAGGUUACCAAUGUCCAUCAUGUGCUACUCCAGUGUUCCCACCUCAGAAUCUUGUGUCCCCGGUAGCUGAUGUGCUGAGAGAAAAACUGGCUGGAGUCAACUGGGCCCGAGCGGGGCUUGGUCUACCAUUGCUUUCAGAGGACCAAGACCUAAAAGCCGCAGUCCGACGCAGUCAGUCGCCCGAGUUCUACGCCAGCGCAGACUCCCAGCGCGGCACGCCGGUCGGAGCCAGCGACGAUGAGUCUGCACGUAACAAUGGCGCCCAACAUUCCAUAGUACAGAUACCUGACGAACACAUGUAUGACCAUACUUCUGUCAAGAGGAGCGACAGUUUACAAGGUCAGUGAGCCUUUAUUUUUCAAU